CUGAUGCACUGGAUCUAGUAGGCUUAGUCCUAACACUGUGCUGCGUGAGGGCAGUGCCAGGCAAGAUGGAACAUCCUUUUCUAGGCCUUUGCGUGACCCUCACAACCAGCAAGGGAAAAAACAAACAAAAAAACCCAAACCAACAACAUAAUAAGCAGCACACUAAGGUACUCAAAUAUCCAUUGCAGCUUUGUCACACAGGGAGGUAGAACCACAUCUAUUUUAUGUUGUUAUGAAUUAGACUAUAGAUUUUCCACUUGGCUUGCAUCCUGAGCUGUAAUUUUUAUGGCUGGCUAUGAGUGAAAAUGAGCACUUCAGGCAUGCCUAGACAUGAAAAUACUGUCUUCUGUAACCUAUUUUUAUAGAUGUCCUCUUGUGUAAAAACUCACAGAAUCUAUGAAUCCUACAGUUGUAAUUGCUGUACCUGAAUACCUGAUCUUUGUCUAUUGGUACCACCCCAUCCAUAGGUGCAGAUUAAGUAUUUUAUAUUAAUUUAUUCAGUGAAGACUUGCAGAAGGCAAAUGACAGUGAACAAAAAGGCUUACCAUAACUUGCUGUGCAACACUUCUUUCUCUGACAGCAGUACAACUCAUGAUGGAAGAGCAAAACGUUACCACAGAAGUCCCAGCAGCCCUAAAGCGCCUGGCCAAAUACAUAGUGAGGGGUUUCUAUGGAGUAGAGUACUCCCUGGCCGUGGAUGUACUGACCCGCUACCCCUGUGUGAAAGAGGAUGACUUGUUACAGCUGCUCAAGUACGAACGCAAACAGCUGCGCACUGUUCUCAACACACUCAAGGCAGACAAGCUUGUGAAGCUGCGUAUGCGAGUUGAAACAGGGCCUAAUGGGAAGAGCACAAGACACAACUAUUAUUACAUCAAUUAUAAGGUGCUGGUGGAUGUGAUAAAGUACAAACUGGACCAUGUGCGGCGGAAGAUAGAAGCAGAUGAGCGGGAUUCAACUACCAGGUCCUCCUUUAAAUGUCCAUCUUGUUCUAGCACAUACACAGACCUGGAGGUCAAUCAACUCUUUGAUGUAUUUACAGAGACCUUCCGUUGUACUUACUGCAAUACUGAAGUAGAGGAAGAUGCCUCAGCACUGCCUAAGCGAGAUGCUCGAACCUUGCUAGCAAAAUUCAAUGAGCAGAUGGAACCUAUCUUUGUGCUACUGCGUGAGACAGAAGACACUGUUCUACCAUAUGACUUGUUGGAACCUCAGCCAACAGCAAUCCCAGGCAUAUCAGAAAGCUUUGACCAGAAGGUAUGUUCAAGCAUGCCAGAACCCUGCAGUAGACCUGAAAAAUGGGCCACCAAAAAUUCCUCUUUUGGCAAUACAUAUAGUCAGAACUUAAUUAUUGAUGUCCAAGAUUCUGAGCGCAAGAAGAAAAAGAAAGAAAAAGCAACUAAAGAGCAACCUAUCUGGAUGUCAGAGAGCACUGUGGAAGGAGCAACAACAGCUACCAUCAAUAAUGCUGGAACAAAUGCUUCUGAAGAAGCCGAAGAAACUGUUAAAGAAACUGUCAGUGAGAACGAAAUCAUCAAGACUCUUCUCAUCCAUGAAUCCAUGAAGUCACUGUCCAGCACUGACUAUGCUCCUGCUGUCAAAAGCAAAUUACCUGAAUCAGGCAGUGACACUGAGUCUGAAAAUGCCAAACACUCAAGUACAAUAACAACAAAAUUAGCAGGCAGCCCGUUUGAACAAGAAGAAGAGCAAGAAUCACUAGAUCCUAUUUUAAUGGUAGCUGCUCGGCCUUACUCAUAUGGUGAAAUUAGUGAAAAUCCAGAGCUUGUGUCUCUCAUGACGAAUGAAGAGAGAGAAGCUUAUAUAAAAGUUGUACAAGAAAUGUUCCAGUCUGUGUUUGAUUAAAUACUAUUGCACUGAAUAUACAUGCCUGUAUAGAAUGGGUAAAGUUUUCUUUUGGAUUAAGACAAAGUUAGCUUGAUCAUUUAACUCAGGAUCUUAAAUUCAUAACAGAUGAGUUAUGCUUUGUUUGAAUGCCUUUUGUUAGCAAGAAAUACCACCUGUAGGAGGUAACUACAGUUCAAAACGCUAGCACUGCAGAAAAAGAGCCCAAAGUAACUACGGGUUUUCUGUUGUUUUAGUGCUUAGACUUCUUGUGAAUGCUUUAAUCAGUAAUUUUGGAGCAUAAAUAAUUCCAAAAUGCAACUGAAUAUUGUGAUCUGAUUAAAAUAAAGUUUCAAAAGCACUGUCAUAAUCUACUUAAAAAAAAAAAAAAUCAGUCAUUGUACCUGUAUGGGAACAACUGAUCACAGCCUGAACUUCUGACUGACCACCUGUGACAAGCAAUGAGUCAGCUGCGGGAGCACAGGUGAAGGCGAUUCACCUGUGUGAUGGAAGGCGUGGAGUCUGGCUCCAUCUUUCCUAGAUCUCAUUUAAGUGCUGACUGCCACUGAGGAAGGAUCUCUUUCUGGAGAUUGCUCCUCAUGGAGUUUAUUGUGAGCCUACAACAUUAGUGAGCGUUUUUCAUUUAUUAUCUUACCACUGUGAUAAUCCUACUUAGCCUAACCUCUGUACACCUAUUGAUUGUACAGUACCUUCCUCCUAGAAUUUGCAAAAGUGAAUCAAAUUCUGAUAGGGUUUGGUUUCACUCUGUUUCAGUACAUUCUCCUAAAUAUUGGCUUGCAAGCCAUUCUCUAUGCAUUAGUAAUAUCCCUCAGUUCAAAGAGCUGCUACUAAAUUUUGUUAGCAAUAGAAGAAAAAUCAGUUCUGUAUGUUAACUUUCAUCUUAAAAGUUACAAAAUGAAAAAAAAAACCCUAAAAAUGCUUUUCACUUACUGUUCCAUACAGCUAUUCCUAAGGGGAUAACAGCACAAUGAAAUUCAGAAUUGGGAACAGUUUCAAAAAAUGUCUGUUCCCAUUUCAAUGUUAUUUCAUUACAGAAGGCUGUACAGCAGGCAUGAGCUGCAAGACAGCCAUUUAGCCCCAACAGUUGCCUUUCACACUUAUUUUUUCCCCCCUCAAGAUGCCUAAAAUAGAUAAUGUAUUGUAAUAUUCAUUUGGUCCAGAUUGCUAUGCAAGCAGUUUAUCAAGCUGAAAUUUCCAUUCAUACUCUUCUGCACUCAUUUUAAGUGAGAUUCUUUCUAAUACUACUGGAAAGAAAGACGUUCUACUUGACUGGUACUGCAUAAGAGCAGAAGCAUUGGUAUCAGAGUAUAAGAUACAGCUUAAUUUCUUUGGCAAAUAUACUAUUUUAGCAAGGAAUAAUUAAAGUAGAAUAUGAGAGUACAAACUUCCAAGAGAGGAACCUGUUUGAACAUCAGGAAAUACUUCUUCACUCUGAUGAUGACUGAGUGCUGGUUCCCUAUAGGUUGUAAUGUCUCCUGGGUUGUAGAUUUCAAAGUUGGCUGCAUGAGGUCCUGCGCAAGAGGCUCCAGGUGGCCCUGCUUAAGCAAAAGGGUUGGACAAAGUUACCUCCAAAGAUACCUUCUAACCUCGUUUAUUCUAGGAUUCUGUGAAGAGAGAAAGUGUGAACAAAGGAAUAUCAAAAGUAGAUGGAUUAGUACGAAGAGAAUUUAACUUACAGUGUCAGAGGUAAAAGAAUGCAGAGGCUUCACUUGUCACAAAGUAACUCAUCCACUAUUGAAGAAAACUUUCAAUAGUGGACGAGUUACUCUAUGACAAGUGUUUCUUGUUUGAAAACAGUGUCAAUUCUUUCUCCUGUCUCAUGUGUCUCAUUAACUGGGGCAGUUAGCCUGAGGUACAGCCUAUGCAUUACAGUACUAGUGCUCUGAACUGGAACACAAUUACAAGGGCAGUUUCAAUUCUUAUUAGGCUACUUUAAUCAACAACAAAAACCCUUAAACCCUCAACGCUAUCAAAUUAUUAACAAAAACUAAGACAAAAAAUGCUGUCUCUAUAUAGAAGUCUGCCAUGGAAUACUUUGUACUUCCAAUUAAGAUUUUGUAACCAAGAUUUCCUUAAGCAAUUACAACUCACAGAGCAAACACCAUAAUACAAUUGACUCUGGCAAAGCUAUACAGAAGAAGUUACUCUCACAUCUCUAAUCAGCAUACAAUAAAGAGAAGAACUUUUCACUAA